AUGGCGAUCUCAAAUUACCCCAUCAUCCAGUAUACUCUGAAGCAGUUUGUUGAAAGCUGCGGUGCCAUCUUGUUCGAUCUCUCCGCUCACCCCAAGACCGUGUGUCUGAUCCACCAUCACGAGAAGGACGAAUGGAUGCUCGUAAAGGGCCGUCGCAACUGCAAGGAGUCUAGACACGAAGCUGCCAUGCGCGAAGCCCGUGAGGAGACGGGCCAUUCAGCUCGUUUGUACCCGGUCGCUAUGGCCACUCGUGCCCCGCCUCCAGACGAGCAGGAGCUUAUGCCAGAUGAACCUCGCUUGUACUCGAAUCUCACGGAGCCUUUCUUGGUGACCAUGCAUGAGCUGAGUACCGAGGAUUGA